AUGGUUAUCUUAGAAUAGGAAUAUACACUUUUUUUAUUUUGUUGCGUUGUGGUGUGUGUACAGGUUUGUCAGGCCGAAAUGAAAUCUUUUAUUGAUGCUGUGUUCCAUCAUCAUUUACUUAUACCCAGUUACAUAUAUACAUAUCAAUCUCGGAAUCCAUCGGAUAUCAAUCCGACGACGGAUAAGCCUCUGGGGGCAAGGGCCAAGACUUCCUUUUCAGUGCACUGCUCAUUGUUUACAGCCUGAUAAGCAACUUGAGAUGCAAGACUGGAAUUGGAGUUCAAUUUCGACUGGCUUAUUUCACAAAUAGCCAACCAAGAUUCUAUUUCAGCCACUACCUUCUGCUUCGUUUGCUCUCCACACAGACUGUUUACCUGUUCCAACCAAAGCCUGCUCGAACAUUAUUGGUCCAUGCUACUCUGACUACAAACGGAAACCAAAGCGCUUCCGAUGUUUCUUUCUGAUUCAAAUAGAUCUUGUAGUUGCAGAGAUACACUCAAUUCAUUUUGGGCAUAUAAUUAAUUAGAGUUAGUUUGUUAUUAAUGAGAACAAAUACUGUCAAUUUACAAUACAUUUUCCUGUAACUGAAAACAUCCUGGUGAAUUGUGUCGCACCAUUUUGGAACCUAAAUAAUUACAUCCAAACAUAAACGAGUGACAUCUGACCUUUAUUUCAUACACACCUGUGGCACAAGAUGACUGUUUGUCUGACUGUUUGUCAUAGUUAUGUCAUUGCUGAGUUCCACAUAUAUUUUCAGUUUUACACCAUGUCAGUAGUGACCAAUCAGCCUCUUCCCUUUGGACAACUGGAGCGAGAGAAGCACAUCCAGAUGAUCUUCAGAGCUUUCCACAACAGCUGUGGGCCUUCAUGCGAGUGCCACACUCAGUCACUUGGACCAAAAAAACAUCAAAAUCCUCAUGAUUGGGAAUCUGAUGAGCAACUGCCGGGUCUGGCUCCUGAGAGGAAGAUGGAGAACGGCUACACACAGCCACCAGGUGAAGUGAGCAGUCCAGGAGCGGAGGAGCAGUGCCAUGGAGGUGCAGCAGGAUCCCCCUUUAUGUCUGCGCUGGAAACAGUCAGUCAAAUACAUAUCACUGCCAGACCAGAGCUGCAAGGUCCACAGUGUGUUCCUCAGAGGAUCUACAGCAUCACCACAGGAAGCAGCAGGUCACAGUUACUUGUGGCUGUGGAAGAGAGUUCCUGUGUUUGUCUCCAGUGUUGCGGUCCUGCUCGGGCCUGUUCCUUGCAGGGCUUUGACUGUCAGGGUCGGCAGGUUUUUUAUUUUGAAAGGCCCCUCAGGGUGGACGCCUGCUGCCUCGGCUGCUGCCUGAUGGAGAUGAGGGCCUACACGCCUCAAAAACAUCUAAUUGGCACUGUAUGUCAGAGGUGGAGCAUGUUCACCCCUCUCCUGGAGGUGCGUGGGUCAGAAGGAGAAUCGGCCAUCAGAAUCCAGGGCUCCUGCUGUCCAUGCCGCUGCUUCUCCAACCAGCAAUUCCAGAUUGUCUCCAACAUUGGUGAGAAAAUGGGCACAAUAUGGAAGAAAUGGCCCGGCUUCAAUGUGGAACACAACAUGGACCAUGAACAUUUUGGGUUGGAGGUGCCACUCAAUAUGGAAUCACAUACUAAACUGCUGCUGCUGGCGGCCACGUUCUUGUUGAAUUAUAUGUUCUUUGAAAUGAGCUGAUCAAUCGAGGGUAAACCGGACAUCGGUGAAAGUGGUCUACAAAAAUGAGGCGCACCCGCCGAGUCAGUGCAUGGUACAAGAAACUGCAUCGUUGAAUUGUAUUUGUAAGACAACCAUUGAAAUGUUCGGUCACAACUUCCAAUUUAUGAAAUAAAAUGACAUGAAACCAGCUUUAGCAGCAGAUGCAUAUUUGACAUUUAUUGCUAUAAUCCAUCAGGUGUAGAUCCAACAGUGUCUCUUCACUGCCGACGCACACCUGCACCC